AUGUUGACGACGUUUGAAUCUAAAAGCAAUACAGUGGAAGGGCUGAGUUUCCACAGCAAGAGACCAUGGAAUUUGGCUAGUCUUCAUAGUAUUUUCAGAUCAUAUGAAGUUAUUGGAACGGAUCAACAUGUUUACAUAACGCACGCCAUAUCACCAGUGGCUCUAAGCUUAAACCAGGUGUCUGUUUACACUUUCUUCACAAUUCUUGGUUCACCUUUACCACAAUCUAUCGGAUAUAAUGGCAUCCAACUAUGGAAAAAUGAGGGCUUUGUUAGUGGUGAGGUUCUGGCUUCAACCCUUGAGAAAGAAUGGUUGAGUCUUCCUGUUCUGCAAAAGAAAUUAAAAGUUGGUGAUAAAUUGGAAGAUCUAGUUACAACAAGUAGCAAAUCAGUUAAACAAGUGAUCACAACUGCAACUAAAUCUGAAGUUGACAAAAAAUAA